UUUUCAGUAUUAUUGGUCAUCAGAUUGUUAAUUGAUUGUUGAAGAUUGUUUUUGACCAAUUAGUUUUAGUUUUCGUCGUCUUCAACCAACAUAUAAACGACGUACCCGUGUCUUCAGACCGUUCCCAGAGUGCCCAUUUCCAAGAAAAUUGAAUAAGCCAAAUUUCCUUUUAUUGGAUUUCUUAAGACUGACUUAAGUACACUAUUAUCUGAAACUAUCAAGAUAUGGAGGACCAUAGCGAUAACGAAGAUAUAAUCAAGAUUGAGCUUGGGGAAGUUUACAACGAGGUGGUGAUUUUUGCCGAAGAAGGCACUUCAGAUAUCGAUAUGGAUAUAGACAUAGACAUCGAGGUCAUGUCGAAUUCCAGCAGCGAUUCUACCACGGAAUUGACUGUCGUCUGUUAUGUUUCAGACGACGAAGAGUGUAUUUUUGGUCUUAGUCCACCGGAUGAGUUUUAUUGUCAUGAAACUCUGCCUGACUCGGACUCAAACGACGAAGAGACUGCCAAAAACACUGGCAGUAUUCUUAAAUUCAAUUUUGUAAAUCCGGAGGAAUAUAUAAUCCCCACUGAAUUCUUAAGUAGUGAUCCGGAUGAUGAGGAACCUGGUACUUCUGGGCAGCUACAACUGCAUAUAACAAGAGCUAGAGAAGCAAGAGAGAACACGAAUGACGAAGAGAAUGCAGACACUACAAGUGAUGCAAAUAGUACAAGCAGUACAAGCGAGGAGUCGAGUACGUCAGGUCAGAAAGAGGAGUAAUUUGUCCUCAUAUUUGUCUUACACGUUCUGUUUUUUGUUUGUGUGUUUAUUUAAUGUUCGUUUUGGUAUU